CAGGUACUCAACCCUGAAACCAGCUGAUUUGUUCGUUCUGUCAAAACAACCUUUUAUGUAAUUUUUCUUGUUGAAAAAAUUUAAAAAAAAAAACUAUGUUUGUAGGGGCGGUUAUCCGAAAAGGUUUGAUCCCGGCAGCUGCAGUAGUAACCGAAGUAAAAAUGCAAAAUUCCGACCAAGUAGAAGACAAUGAGUUUGUUUGCAGACCUAGUGAAUUGCCCAUUUAUACACCAGACCUGCAAAGUUUCGCAAAACAACCAAAAAUCGUCCAAAAAGAGGAAGUACCAGCACCGAGUUUCAUACAAGAUUCAGUUAAAACUAUGAGACGUACACUAACAAAGUACAAAAAGGAAUAUGAGGCUUAUGAAGUAGUGGCCAAGCGAAACUUGACCGAGAGCAAACAGAAUGUGGAAUGGUUGGUUGAUUAUCUACGGCAAGAAGACAAUACAUUACCAAAAGCAGGAGCAAUAGGUAUUGGUGCUUUGACUGGUCUCAUUUUUGGACUAAGAGGUGGCUUUUUCAAGCGGGCCAUUUACGCUACCACUGGAGCUUUAGCCAUGGGUGCUGUUUGCUAUCCGAAAGAAGCUUCAGAAUAUUCCCAAUUUGCUACAGUUGAAGGCAAAAAAAUGCUGACUAUCGCCUAUAACUUUGCUUACGGAGUAAAAAAAGACGACCCUCCACUAGAACUACCAACUUUACCUAAAUUACCAACUACUGUUUCUGGGGCUUGGGAUUCUAUUAAAUCAUCUUUUAUUUCAGAUGAUAACGCAGAUGUUGCUAAUACCAGUCAAGCUCACAAAAAAUAAUACAGUAACUACUGCAGUUGACUUUUUAUGUGUGUAUUUAUUUGAAAGUUGUUUUAUUGAAAAUUAUUUGUAAUCUGAAAUUAUUGUUGUAAUAAAACCUAAUAUAUAGUUUUAAUGUUUUUCAAUUUUGGUAUUCAAAAUGAAAGUAUAAAAUCG